AUGCCCGAGCGAGUCAACAGUUUCCAGGGUCAAAGCUUCCACAAGCUGAGGCGGGCCUGCUUGCGUCGAGGCGCGCUCUUCAAGGACCCCCUGUUCCCCGCCACGGCCCAGUCCCUCUUCUACAAGAGGGAGCCCCCGCCGGGACUGACCUGGAAGAGGCCGAGGGAGAUAUGUAAGGACCCCCGUCUGUUCGUUGAUGGCAUCAGCACUCGUGACCUGCACCAAGGCAGUCUGGGUAACUGCUGGAUGGUGGCUGCCAUUUCCUGCUUAGCAUCUGAGCCAUCUCUUUGGAAAAAGGUGAUCCCUGACCACGUGGAACAGGAGUGGAAUCCAAAGCGUCCCGACCUGUACGCCGGAAUCUUCCACUUCCGGUUCUGGCGACUUGGCCGUUGGAUGGAUGUCGUUGUGGACGACCGCCUGCCGGUCAGUGGAGAUGGAGUGCUGCUAUUCUGCCGCUCAGCCACACCUCGAGAGUUUUGGAGCGCCCUGUUGGAGAAGGCCUACGCCAAGUUAAACGGCUGCUAUGAGGCCCUGGAGGGAGGAAACACUACAGAGGCACUGAUCGACUUCACUGGUGGGGUUUCGGAGCCCCUCAGUCUGGAUCGUGAGGCCCUCAGCCUGCACAGUGAGCAGAGGAAGGCGUUCUUCCAGACGCUGGCCAAGGCCCACGAACGCAAAGCCCUCAUCACCUGCUCCAUACGGCCAGCAGAGGGGGAGACAGUGGAGUCGGUGUUGGAUUGUGGUCUGGUGCGAGGACACGCCUACGGGAUCACAGCGGUGAGGAAGAUGAGGCCGGGGGAAAAGCUGCAGACAGGUGGGAUGGCCCGCCUCUUCAUGGUGCGCAUGAGGAACCCGUGGGGGACCACAGACUGGACGGGUGCCUGGAGUCAGGGGUCGCAGCAGUGGCAGCAGAUGAGUCGUGCUGACAGGGAGAAGAUGGGCCUCACUGUUCGAGAUGUUGGGGAGUUCUGGAUGGAUUUCGAGGAUUUCUGUCACUACUUCACAGAUGUGGUGGUGUGCCGGCUGGUGGAGCAGGCUCUGCUGUGGCCCAGCUCUCACUGGAGGGAGGUGCGCCGCUAUGGGGAGUGGGCUCCAGCUCCCACCUCCCCUGGAUCCCAUCCACCCACCGUCCUCCACAGCAACCACACGCUCAGCUUGGGGAGGAGCAGCGCAAAACCUGGAGAGACCAAGCAGCGAGGUAACCGGAAGGAGGCCAGACUUGGGGAGAGUCAGCAGGAGGGAGGGAAAGGAGGAAGGCGUGAGCGAGAUACGGCCGUGAGAAAAGCUACAAAGGAAGAUAAAGGUGGAGAGGCCGGAGGAUGGGAAGCACAGAUGGAUAAGAGGAGUCGAUGUGGAGGAUGCAUCAACCACAGAGACACUUUCCUGCACAACCCACAGUUCAUGUUUGAGGUGAGAGGCAAAGAGGAGGAGGUGCUGAUCUGCCUGCAGCAGGAGGACAGGAGGAUACAGAGGAAAGAUGGAGGAGGAGAGAACCUGCCGAUUGGCUUUGAGGUGCUGAAGGUGGAGGUGAACCGCUGCAGCCGGGCGCAGUGUGUGGUGGAGCAGGCGGCCAGCUCAGUCUACAUGGACUCCCGCAGCGUGACGCUGAGGGGGACUCUGGCUCCAGGUCGCUACGUGGUGCUGCCCACCACCUUCCUGCCAGGCGCCACAGGGCGCUUCCUCCUACGCCUCUUCUCCCAUUCCCACGUCAGACUCAGGGAGCUGACGGAGGAUCUGCCGUCUCCCUCCAUCUUCCAGUGUUUCCUACCUCAGUCCACUGUGGUGACCACCGUCCAUCUCCGCAGGGCGUCAGGACUCAGCGCUCCCAAACAGACAGCUCCAGAUGUUUACGCCAUAGUGCGCUGUGAGAAUGACUCCAUAAGGACGCGGGUUGUCAAGGCGGAUGGAAACCCCGAGUUCAACCUCAGAGCCAUCUUCUACAGGAGAUACCCCAACACACACAUCUCUAUUGAGUUGUGGCGCAGAGGUCUGCUGUGGGACUCGGUGCUCGGCGAGGCUCGACUCCAGACGGCCGAGUCCGAAAGGGGCAGGAGCCACGUGAUCGACCUGCGAGGCGGCCAGUCCCGUUCAGGAUACCGACGCUGCAUCUACGUUGAGACGUCCUCCAGCGUCUGCCUCACAGACUUGUGA